CAGCGCCGGCCUCCGCGUGCGCAGGGCAGCGCUCGGCGUGCGAGUCCUUCCUGCAGCCGCCGCGGAGCAGCCGAGCGCCGAGCCGCGGGCGCGCGUGGGGCGCCCUCCCAGCCGCGGGGCGACCAUGAGCUGCGGCGGGGGAGCCGCGGAGAGCAGUGAUGAUCGCAGUGUCUCUUCAGAAGAAAAAGAUUGCCCUAGUUCCAACCUAGAUACGUCAAAGGACUCUAAAUCAGGAGAGGACAGCAGCUCCGAGAGCAGUUCUGAAAGUGACUCCGAUAAUGAGGAGCCAAAAACAAAUGGGGAACUGGGAGAGGUUUCCGCCGAGGGCGCUUCCGCUCAGGCUGAAGAAUGGGGAGACAAAGAUUCACCCACAAAUCAUUUUAAUUCAGAAUGUGUUAAAAUUGAACCUCACUGUCAACACUGUAAUGCUGAAAAUAAACACAAUGAACAAGUGACCCCCAGACUCCUUUCCAGGGGACAGUUUUUGCUGAAGGUGGACACGGAGGGAGUGUACGAGUGCACGGAAACUGGUCUGAUCUUUGAGGUUAACAGAAAAGUUGACAUCAAGUAUUGCGUUUUGUCCUGGAGCAAAUACGCAGACCUGGUUGUCAAGCCCUGGGCUGUUGGGGGACCCAUGUUUGAUGUCAAAUGUGACCCAGCCUGUCUUACCUCCAUUCAGUUUCCACAUUCCCUCUGCUUGGGGCACCAUGAUGCCAAUAUGACAUUCAGAGUCUUACACGUUAAAAACUCCGAGGCCUCGUUAGAAUGUGCUGUGGAUCAUUCUGCGACCCAUGUCAAGUGGCACGUGAGCUCUCUUUCUCCUGUGGGACCUGUCAUUCAAAGCGAAGAAACAUUAUACCACCACGGGGCUGUGAUUCUGUACAAAGUCAUCGACCAGAAUCCCUCCUUAUCUUUUCGGGUGUACGUAGCAACCAAUAACGAGUCCUUCAUCAAGGAUAUUGCCAAGGCUGUGAAGCACUCCUCUAAGAAAUUCAUGAAAAUCGACAAGCCUCCUGUGUGCCUGAAGUUAUUGGAGAAUGGGAAGAAGUACAGACUGGUCAGUGAACCGGAAGCCGACAUCACCCCUGAGAACUUCUUUCAAAAUUGGAGUCAAUCCUCUCAGACCCUAGCACAGCUUUAUCAAGAAAUUGAAUUUGUGGAUGGUUCCCUUUUAAAACUGAAAAAUUAUAUUGAAGUUUAUUUGGAGCAGCCAAUGGAGUUUAAAUUACUGUUGGUUGAAAUGGAUUCCGACGAGAUUGUAUGGAAAGCGAAACUGAGAGAAUGUGACUGGGUUCAACAUGAUCAGAGUCAGAACGUUUCAAAAAGCAGAACAAGUGGUAAAAGGCGACGUAAAGUAAGUAACACUCUACCUGAAGAGGAGGUCAAUGCUAAAAGAAUGAAGCAGGUUGACACUUCAGAUGGAGCCAAGACCCUGUUAACAGACGAUCAGUUGAUUACCCUUGCUGGGAAGUUGGGGAAGGAGUGGAUAAAUAUUGGCACUGUCAACCUGGAGUUGGACAGGAGCGAUAUUGAUGAUAUCCAGAAGAAGGAAGAAAAUGUGACAAUUUGUAAGUUUCGGAUGCUGAAGAAGUGGCAAGACAAGGAGCUAAGCAAUGCCACAGUCCAGAAUUUAUAUAACUGCUUGAAAAACGUCUCAGCUGAAGUCCAGGAUGUGCUGGAAGGUUUCUUAUAGGCAACAUGAGAUUUGGAAGAUGGACCAGAAAAGGAAGCCUCAGGAACUUUUUAUCUGCAAAGCACCAUUUCACCUGGUCAUUGGGUAUCGCCUUAAUGAGACCUUGAACUUAGUCUCUGGAAGCAACUUCUCCACAGCCAGCCACUCUGGAGCUCACCCUAAUCCAGGAACAAAGAGAAUGUAAAAUUUUGGAAAACUUGAGGAAGAAAACACCUUUAUAAUAUCAAUAUAUAUUUUUUCUUUUUUGGCACCUCCUGCUCACACCAUCCCACCAGCUCCCCAACCCAAACGGAUAUCAUUACAAAGGGUGCUUACUAUAACUCAACUCAGGCAGGUGAGACAUGUGGUAAUAUUCUUUUUUGGAGUAGUGUGGACUCUGAAAUUCUUACCAAGUGCUUGAAACACUUUUAGCAAUUAAAUAGUGGUGCACUUAAACGUGCACCGAUUUAGUUUAGCUUUUAUCGGGCUGACAUUAAUAACGAAGAGAGGUUCGCGAUCUUUCAGCCUCCACACAGACACACGUGCCGCUGGGUACAAUCUGUCUUUUCAUGUGGGAUUUCAUUUCUGCAUCUCACCUUACUAACCUCUCUGGUUAGUGGCCCGUUACACCGUCAAACCAGUCAUGUUGCCUGGUCCUGGAGUGAUGAGAAAGGAAUGUCAUCCUCUCCCCACCACAGGGUUGAUAGGCUCGCUCACAGGUGAUCUCCUCACCUUACCGGGCAAGUUCGACUGGAUCCAUUGUCAGAGUUGCUGUCAGAAUCACCGGCCCAAGCACUAUCUGUCUUGGCUUUCACCCUGGGAUCAUUUACUUUGGGGGUGGGGGUGGGGGUGGGGAACGCUGCUCAGAAACAGCCUCAGCAGGACCACAGGAACGGUCAUCUCUUCUUGAAGAAGACGCGCCCUCGGGGAUAAUGGGUCACAUUGGCUCUUGAUAAUUGGGGAAGUGUUUGUUUGUGUUUUGUGUGUAUAGGUGUUGUCGCUCUUCCGGAAUCAUGCCUGUGGUGAUUAGCCUUUCGGAUAUGUUUUGUUAACUUAUUUGAAGACACUAUAAAUUACCAUUAGUCUUCUGCCCUCAUUAGCUGGAGCGUUAAAAUGAACCUCAAUGAAUUAAGACACACUUUAUUGUUUUGCCUGUGAAGAACAAAUUUACUUUAUAGGGAAUAACAUUUUUAACUGUCCGGGAUCCUGUGGAAUUCAAAUCAGUGUCACUUUAAUGAGUUUUGUUUAUUUAAAAAAAAAUUGUACUAUAUUUUAGGAAACACGUGGAGUUUUAACAUUCAGAAGUGUAAACUACUUAAAAGGACUUGAAUUUUUUAAAUGUUUAUUAUUUUUUUUAUAAGUUGUUUUUCCAAGAAAAGCAUAAUGGCAGAGGUGCUUUGUAUAUCAGCUGGUUUCCUAGCCAUUUUCAACCUUUUUCAUACUAUGGAUGAAGGGAAGAAAAAUAAACCUACAUGUAUGUGUACAGUGCA